GAGAGAACCCCGUGGCCCGAACUGGGCCAUGAGUGGGGUAGAAGGUGCUGUUUCGCUGGGGGAGAGCCAGCAGAGCAUCGCAUGCUGAAGUGUAUACUCCUACACCCUCAGCCCACCCUCAGUGGAAAGGCAGGGGACAGACUAACUAACUGACAGCAAUGGGUUUGACCUCUGUCAACCCCCUCAGCUGGGUGGUGGGCUCCACUAUCUGCUUCCUCAUCCUGUUGCUCCCAGAGGCCAAAGCUGACAACCUGAAUACUUCCACAUCAAGCAACGGUGGAGGUGCACAGUGUGGGGAGUACACAAACCAGCUGAUGGAGGAUGGGAUGUGCCGGCUGGUAGCCACGUUGCCUCAACUGGAUGAGAGAAGGUGUCCGGAUAUGUUCCGCUGCUCUGAUGAGGUCUCCUAUUGGUUACAUGAGAACGAGGAGAGGAAGCAGCAGAUUGUGGCCCUGAAAGAAACCAUCUCUGAGCUACAGGAGGAACUCAGGAAUCAUCGGCAUCGCAUCAAAGUCCUCGAGCUACAGAGUGAAGAGAAGCUUCACCAGAACAUCUCUUUGGAGCAGCGUUUCCAUGAGCUGGAGGUUCAUCAUGCUGAAGCCAGCUCCCUGCUGCAUCUUCAAGGCACACUGAUCCUAGACCUGCAGAAUCAGCUACAUAAUUUGACUCUCUUAAUGGAUAAAGUAAAAAGAGGCUCAGACUGUUCCGUCAAUAUUGUCCGGCCCAAUCAUUUACAGAAUACUCAAGAAGCCAUGCACCCAGAGAUCCAGCAUGUGGGGAACUGUCCUGUGGACUGUGCCUCCAUCUACUACAAUGGUGUGAGGAGGUCAGGUCUCUACACUGUGGUGCCUUUACUGGCAAGCAUGCCUGUGGAGGUUUACUGUGACAUGGACACAGAUGGUGGUGGCUGGACCGUAAUCCAACGGCGAGUUGAUGGCUCUGUGAGCUUUGACCGAAGCUGGAGGGAUUACAGGGAUGGAUUUGGGGACCUGCAUUCAGAGUUCUGGUUGGGUAACAACCACAUCCAUGACCUGAGCACCCAGGGUGACUACAGCCUCCGGAUUGACCUAGAAGACUGGAGCAUCCAGCACAAACAUGCCCUCUAUCAGAGUUUUAGUGUGGAAGAUGAGGAGCAUCAGUACCGCCUCCAUGUGUCAGGUUUCAGUGGCACAGUGCAGGACUCCUUUGGCUGGUACCAUGAUAAGCAGCACUUCAGUACUCCAGACACCGGCAAUAUCUGCGCUGAGAUCUCUCAUGGUGGCUGGUGGUACAACCAGUGCUUCUACGCUAAUCUUAAUGGAGUCUACUACAGGGGAGGCCAUUACACUCCAAAAGGACGUGGUUCACUGGGUCCUGAUGGGAUAGUCUGGUACUCCUGGAAAGACUCGGAUUAUUACUCUUUACGUAAAGUCAGCAUGAUGAUCCGACCGCGCAGCUUCCACACACGCAUGUCGCCCUGAGCGUCUGUCACAAUGACGAGGCUACAGACAGAGGAACUAAGCUUCACUAUGAGCAGAAAGGAGGAGAAAGAGAAAACCUCAGGAAGUCUUUAUUUUAUUCAGCAAUUAUUUUUCCAUAUUUAUUUUAAUCCAAACAGUGGGCCCUGAAAAGACUUCUUUUGGAUUAUUUUUUUAUUAUGCAAAUGAAAAAGGACCCAUAGUAUAAACUCUAUAAGAGAGCUCACAGAUUUUUCCACGGUUACAGAAAGUUUUUUUUUUGUACAGUUUUGUAUUGUUAGUCUGGUAUGUCAAACUAAGGACAAUUUGGAAAUAUUUAUAAUAGUUUCUGAAGAAAUGUGAAUCAUGAAAAGCAGCUCAUUUCCAAUUUAGCUAAAGCUUAAAUAUGUGGAUUUUUUCUGUUCUGUGCAGUCAUAAUUUGG